AUGCCCCGGUCCUUCCUGGUGCGUCGAUGCGGCAGCUACGCGCGAUGGCGGGCAGCCGUCCGGGCGCUCGCGGCCUCCGAAGACUCCCUGCGCCCGCCCAGCCAGAACAUGCGUACUACAGGCAACAGGUUCUCGGACUUCAAGUGGCCGGCUCCUCAAAGUGAUGAAGAAGUUUCGAGAAGCCCAAGCGUUUCUCCCUCUUGUAAUGAAUCCAGUGAAAGCGUGUCUAACGUGCUCACGGACUACUCCAUUCAGGCACUCCUUGGAUUGAAGACAGACGAGACAAGCUCCUUGCGAGACGUGCCCGACUGCGACGAAAGGUUGUCAUCACCGGAGUCGCUACCGCCAGUUCGGGGUACCCUGCUGUUGUCAGCUGGUUACGAUCCCGUGUCGCGGCGACUGUGCGCAACGGUUCCGGCUGUGGCGGGCGAGCCUCGGCAGAAGCUGCACCGCACAGGCCCCAGCCGCAUCUUCGAGUGCAAGCAGUGCGGCAAGACGUUCAAGCGCUCCUCGACGCUGUCCACGCACCUGCUGAUCCACUCGGACACGCGGCCCUACCCGUGCGAGUAUUGCGGCAAGCGCUUCCACCAGAAGUCGGACAUGAAGAAGCACACCUACAUACACACCGGUGAAAAGCCUCACAAGUGCAAGGUCUGCGGCAAGGCGUUCAGCCAAUCGUCGAACCUGAUCACCCACAGCCGCAAACACACGGGCUUCAAGCCGUUUGGCUGCCACGUCUGCGGCCGGGCCUUUCAGAGGAAAGUGGACCUACGCAGGCACAACGAAACGCAACACCAGAACUUGGCUGCCGAACGCUGACCAUAAAAGGCGUUCUCGUGAAUGGACCACGUCGCGACCUCUACCGUUGCUUACUCUAGUCUUCUGAAAGUGAAUCAGUGACCAGCAUUUUGUUAGUAUAUUGUACAGCUUAUUAUGUCCUUUAUCGCAUCGCUUGCAACAUUACAAGGUAUACUCCAAAGAGAUGCUUGGAACUGUCACACGCUCGAGCUCUACCAUUGUGCAGAGCCUGCUA